ACUGGUGUCUGAGGGUCAUCUAUAUCGUGUGGAAACCUGAAAAUGAUGCAAGUGAAAACAUCUUAAAUCUAGUUUAUGUAUCAAGUAUUUCUUAUUUUGAAACUGCCCCAAGAAUCAUUUAUUGCUGAUUGAUUUCUUUGUUAUUUAAUGAUUACGUUUCACUUAUUUUAUCUUAAAAAGUAAAAAAUAAAUAAAAGUUUGACCAUCUCUAUAGAAAACAUUAGCUAAACCAACUGAGAUCUUCAUGAGCUGAGUUUUAUUUAUUUUGAACAUUUGCCGCUUCUAUUCAUACAAAAUCCUUCAUUUGUGAUUUCAUCAGCACAUCAGUUGUGAUGGCUGAUAUUAUUCUAGAAUUCUAUGAAGUAACUCCGGGGAUUGGUCACUGUGACCGUAUGUGGCCUUCAUAAGCUGUCCUGGAGAAAUUCAGCUGGGUGUGGGGCUGGUUGGUUUGUGCAAAGAACACUUUCUUUUUGUCUUUGGAUUCCUGCCUCGCUAGUGUCGCCUCUGAAGGGUGGAAGCCAAAGAAAACCGCAGCCAUGGCAGUGGCACAGGGGAGAAGUGCGUAUGGAGCUAAGGACAUACCAGCACCAGGUCAUUUAGAGGACCAGAUCAAUGAGCAGCACCUUCGCCUCAUUGAACGAAUGUUCAAAGAGGCAAAUAAGACGGGAGGCAAAGGUCUAAACAUGACAGAUUUUAGAGAAGCCAUGAAGAUCAUCAUGAAGCAUGUGGAGGAUGAAGAUAUUGACAUUAUCUUCAUGAAGGUGGACUCCAACUGUGAUGGCAUUCUGGAAUGGGAAGAUUAUCUGGACUACAUGUUUCUGGAGUACAAACAGAAAGACAUUCUGCAGCGGAAGAACCAGCCACUGUACUUCCCCAAACCUCUGAUGAUUGUUCCUGCAGACCACCAUGACGUCAUUGUGCAACUACAGUUCUAUUCUUUACAACACCCUGCUGGUAAGGAGAAGAUGGAUCUUGGAGAGCAGGGGACGCCGGGGGGCUCGCUCAAUGGUGGCCGAUAUCUGUCCAUCAGUCAAAAUGGAACUCUGAACUUUUGGAGUGAGAGCUUUAAACUGCAGCGAUCUGUCAAUAUCAGUAAGAUGGCACACACUGCUGGCCAGCCCAUCUUGGUGACAAACAUGCUCUGCUUGAGUAACAUCAGCCAGCUCUGCAUCUCCUUUUCUGGUCGUGAUAUCGAGUUCUAUGAUGUUAGCGUCAGUAAAUGUGAUGUGAUUUACUCUCUGUCUGGGCUGGAGGCCAACGUGCUGGUGAUGGACUAUUGGACCGAUGGGAAGAGAGGAAUUUACUCGUUUGGAGAUUUCAAUGGCACAGUUUUCAUAUUCACUUCAGCGAAUGUGGUGCAGAAUGGUCUGUUCAACAGAGUAGCAUUCAGAGCUGCUGGAAACGUGCCCCGCAUAGCUGUGAGCAAACUACUGAAGAACAGCUACAUUCCCUUUCUCUGCUUUAAAGUUCCUCUCCAUAGGGUCUGGAUCCGUCAGAUCCGCUAUAUUCCCCAUCUGAACUCUGUCGCCACCUGCUGUACUGAAGACCGCACUUCCAUGGCCCUCACUACCGUGCCCCAUUCCAAAAUAUGCAAAAUUGACGUUGCCCGCUUCCAUCUGCAGAUGGGCAUCAUGUGCUUCGAUUACUCACCUGAGUCCAAUAUCCUGGUGACGGGGAGUUUUGAUGGAGUAAUCCGUGUGUGGAAUCCAUACGUGACUUAUCGCGCCACAUCUCAAUUGAAAGGCUGUUCUGCCGCCAUCACGCACUUAAUUGUGAAUGGCAAACAAAACAAAGUCAUCAGUGUUUCCAAAGACAUGAAUGUGUGUGUGUGGGACUUGCAACACUGCAUGUGUAUGCAGAACAUCCAUCCCAGGAACAUCAGAUUAGGUCGAUUCCCCAUCUCUUGCACCUACUACAACCACAACACCAACACUGUUGUUCUGGCUACAUACAACAUCGGAGUUCUUCAAGGGGUUGUGGGUGGCAAAGACGAAACCAUGGCUGAAACGGUGACCUCUCAUGAGCAGCCUCUCUGUGCAGCUCUGUACAACGCUAACUUCAGACAGGUGGUGAGUGGAUGUCAUGCUGGUGAGGUGAAUGUGUGGGAUAUCCUGAGUGGAGAGAUUGUCAUGCAGUUCCAGGUCAACCCCAAGCAGCCAGUGGAGGUGACUGCCAUGGCUUUUGAUGGCCUAAAACGGCGCCUUAUCACGGCCUCUACAGACGGCAUGCUGCGUCUCUGGAACUUUAACAAUGGAGCGUUGCUCAGACAGCUCCCUCUGAUGGACAACAGUGAGAUUACAGGGAUGCUGUACAUUAAUAAUAGGAUCUAUGUGUCUGGUAGGAGCAAGCGAGUCAUCUCAUAUCUUGAUUUUAAAGACAACAGGACAGAGAUUGACUAUAGUAUAUGGAACCAGUACCACACAGGAGAUAUUUCCUCCAUGCAUGUUCAUGGGAACGAGCUGCUGGUUACGUCCUCCUUUAAUAGUGACGUCAUCAUCUGGAAUGUUAACUCGGGUCAAGCCGUCUGCCGUGUAAAUGCAAGCAAGAGUCCACUUCUUCUAGUGCCAGCUAGGGUGAUGGAUAGUGGCAGAAGGGAUACAGACACCACUCAGAAAGCUGUUCUGAAUGUCGGUCACACGAAGUCCAGUCGACGCAAUAUUUUAAGCCCUCCUCCAUCCAACUACUUACAAGCUCGUCGGUGUUGCUUCCAAGCUCCAUUUAAAAAUGGGUCUGGGAUGGAUGGGAUAAAGGAAGCCUGGCAAAAGCCCAAAGAAAGCAGCGUAGUCAGUGCUGUCGAUCUCAACACACACAGCGUAGCUGUAGUGAAGGUUUUGUUUUUGAACACUCGUGAAAUGAGUCCCGAUACAGCCAUCCUGCUGAGCAGCGCAACAGAUGGCUACGUGUAUGCCUGGUCCAUUAGCCAAGGUGGGGGCCUACUAGGGAAGUUCAGGCCAGCCCAGCGAGAUGACCCAUUCAUCAGCUCCAUGUCCACUGACUCUCGUGAUCAGAUGCUGCUGACUGGAGACAGCCACGGAUACGUCAUGUUGUGGGACAUAGAAAAGUAUUGUUACCAAAUGCACAGACAGAGUUUGUGCGAAGAUGAAAGCCCUGGGGAGGAAUCUGUCAGGCUGUCGGAACUGAUUCCGCACUACUGCAGGGUGCAGGGUCCUCGUGCAGUGGAGGUGCAGCAAGUGAGAGAGGUGAUAGACGGGUGGAGCGUGUCUCUCACCCCUCCUGAACUGCUGAGCUCGUGGCGUUGUCACCUUAAAGGAAUAGUGCACCUGGAGUAUGUGGAACGCUACCAUCUCAUUAUUACAGCAAGUGUGGACCGCAACGUGCGUCUGUGGACUAUUGCUGGACACCACAUAGGUACCUUUGGGCAGAAUAGUUGGCAAGUGGGUCAUCUUGAUGCCAGGCCCAAUGAGCUACCUAUGGACCUGAGGAGAGCAGGUUCAUUCCAGACCCUCAAAGUGCUUAACAAGGGACGGCGUCCACACUGGAGGUCUGUCAAGCACAUCCUGCCAAUCCUGGCAUCUCAGAGACGGAGUCAAUCUUCCAUGUCCAAGGAAGACCUUUCAGAAACAGACCCCAGCAUCAGCUCUGAGCAGAUCGACCACACCUGGACAGUCAGGCAGGGGAGGGGCAAGCAGCUGAGGGUCUAUAAUGCAAUGCACUGCACCGAUCUCCUUCCCAUCAUCCAGCGCCCCAUGCCUGAUGUUCUACAAGAUCACCAGCAGAGGAUGCCGAAGACCUCCAAGACAGCCCCCAAGCAGAAGAAAUCCCAUAGACAAUGUGCCAACACCCAAAACAUGGCAUGACUGGGGUCCAAAAGAUCUGUUACUGGUCACCUAUGCUAAUGGCUCUCACAAAUAUAAACAAUAAUUAAUGAUUAUUAGUCCAAAAUAACUCUCAUUCUUGUUUUCUGAUACAAAGCUUUUAAACUAACAAAGAAAGCUUACAGGAAAGGAGCUUGGGAAAAUCUCUGGAAAGGUUUUGCAUGUAUAAAAGAUUCUAACAUAGAUGUCAUGUGGUCCUCAAUCUUCCCUUUGGAUAAAUAAACCGCCCUGCCAUGUGG